GUCUCCCUCCCGGCGUGCCUUGCGGCCGCCCCAGGGACAAUAUGGCGGCGGCUGGCGCCGCGGCUACCCGGUUGCUCCUGCUCCUGGUGAUGGCGGCGGCGCCCAGCCGGGCCCGGGGCAGCGGUUGCCGGGCCGGGGCCGCUGCGCGGGGAGCUGGCGCAGAAGGUCGAGAAGGCGAAGGCUGUGGUUCCGUGGGACUUCUGCUAGAACAUUCUUUUGAGCUCGAUGACAACGCCCUCUUCCGGAAGCGGGGCUCACUGCUCUGGAACCAGCAGGACGGCUCCUUGUCUCUGUCUCAGCGGCAGCUCAAUGAGGAGGAACGGGGCCGACUCCGGGACGUGGCGGCUCUGAACGGCCUCUACCGGGUCCGGGUCCCACGGAGGCCGGGGACCCCUGAUGGCCCAGAGGCUGGAGACUUUGUCUCGUCCUUUGUUCCUGCGUGCUCCCUGGUAGAGUCUCACCUCUCAGACCAGCUGACCCUGCACGUGGACGUGGCGGGCAACGUGGUAGGCGUCUCGGUGGUGACGCACCCGGGCGGCUGCCGGGGCCUCGAGGUGGAGGACGUGGACCUGGAGCUGUUCAACACCACAGUGCGGCUGCAGCCGCCGGUCACGGCCCCAGGCCCCGAGACGGCAGCGUUCAUCGAGCGCCUGGAGAUGGAGCAGGCUCAGAAGGCCAAGAACCCUCAGGAGCAGAAGUCCUUCUUCGCCAGAUAUUGGCACCUCAUCCUGGGGGGGGCCGUGUUGCUCACAGCCCUGCGUCCUGCCGCCCCGGGGGGGCCGCCGCCGCCAGCGCAGGAGGCCUGAUGGAUGUACAUCAUUCCCGUGGUUCUGUUCCUCAUGAUGUCGGGAGCUCCGGACGCCGGGGGCCAGGGUGGAGGUGGCGGCGGGGGUGGCGGUGGCAGUGGCGGGGGGAGCGGCCGGUGAGAGGCCCAGGCAGGUCAGCUUCCCUCUGCUCCUCCCCCCUGGGGCCCCCCGCCUCCCUGCCGGGAGCCCCAACUGCCUUCCUCGAGUGGGACCCCGAGUCCCCAGUCCUUCCGAGCCUGCCUUCCCACCCCGGGACCCCCUCCAGCCCACUCUGGGGACAAGCCAAGUCCCCUGCGGCCUCCGGGUACUUCUCUGCUGCCUCCUGCCGCCCCCCCCCCCCCCCUGGGCGCGAAGCUCCCCAGACUCAGCUGGCCUGAGCCCCCAGAGCUUCCCAGGCAAGUGGCCAGCCUUUGGCCCCCUCAGCGGGCAGUACCUCCUGGCCUGAAGGAAUGACACUUAACGUCAGAAGGGGCUGGGUCGUGGCUCGGGCUGGAGCACAGGCUGUGCAUGUGGGAGGAAGACAGAAAGGCCCGGCUGUGAGUAGAAUGAACCCCUCCCCCGUCUGGGGGCCUCGCCUGGGAAGACACCUCUGGCCCUGUGACAUCCCCCCCCAAUCUUAAGAACGCCGACAGACAUUUGAUGGCUAGUGCUUCCAGAGGCCCAGUGAAACGAUAGCCCUGGAGGCAAGAAAAAAGACUUGGGUGCCCUGGAAAGGACAGCUUGCCGUGUGGGGAGGCCCUGGGCAGCCCUGCUCACCCUCUCCUGUGCCCCAUCGUCCCUUUCUGUAUUUAUUACCCAGACACUCUGGGUCCCCAGGGGAGGGCCGUCGCCGCCACUCCACAGUCUAUUAAAUUGCCCCUGACCAUCACCCCUCUGCUUUCUGUGGUUGUGGGUCUCCCCUCGGGGAGAGUCGUCUCCCAGCGUCUCUGGCGUGUCUGGACCCUGGCUCCCGGGUGCUCGCAGCUGGGCGUGGACACCCUGCUGCAGGCGAGGAGCCGUGUCCCCAGUGUCCCCACCUGUCGGCUCGCUCACAAGGCUGCUGUCAGCCACCUUAAGGGGGUGGCAGGUGCUGCUGGACGUCCUGCUUCUCCAGGUCCUGUGCUCAUUCGUUUUUUUUAAGAACGUUACUCAUUCAUUCCUUCACUUACUUACUUACUUAGAGGGUAGAGAAAUUGAGAGGAGAGGGGGUGAUAGAGAGAGACAGAGAAACACCUGUAGCCCUGCCUCACCCCUUCUAAAGCCUGCAGUGGGGGCGGGGGCUUGAACCCAUGUCCUGACGCAUUGUAACGUGUGCAGCCCCGGUGCACCACCCACCUCCCAGCUGCCCCCAAAUCUCUCUGAAAAGCACACAGUCUG